GGAUAAAUGGAGACUGAAAACCAUACAACAGUGACAGAGUUCAUUAUUUUGGGUUUAACAGAUAAUCCUACACUAUGUGCCAUCUUCUUUGUAACUUUUUCAGCAGUUUAUAUAGUUACUGUAGUGGGCAACAUUAGCAUAAUCUUCUUAAUCCGAAGCAGCCCUCAGCUUCACACCCCAAUGUACCUUUUUCUCAGUCAUUUGGCUUUUGUGGACAUCGGGUAUUCCACGUCUGUUACACCUAUCAUGCUUAUGAGUUUCCUAAGGGAGAGGACUACUAUUCCUGUCAUUGGAUGCAUAGCCCAGCUUGGCUCUGAUGUUGCUUUUGGGACUACGGAGUGCUUCUUGCUGGCCACUAUGGCCUAUGAUCGCUAUGUAGCCAUCUGCUCUCCCUUGCUCUACUCCACCCAAAUGUCGUCAACAGUCUGCUUCCUCCUGUUGGGGGCUUCCUAUUUGGGUGGGUGCAUGAAUGCUUCAUCAUUUACUGGCUGUUUGAUGAACCUUUCCUUCUGUGGACCAAAUAAAAUCAACCAUUUUUUCUGUGACCUCUUCCCACUCCUGAAGCUUUCUUGUGGCCAUGUUUAUAUCGCUGAAAUAUCUCCUGCCAUCUCUUCUGGGUCGGUCCUUAUAAGCACACUGUUUACCAUAAUUGUGUCCUACAUCUACAUCCUCCACUCAAUCCUGAAUAUGCGAUCGACUGAAGGGAGGAACAAGGCCUUCUCUACCUGCACUUCCCACCUCACUGCAGUUACUUUGUUUUAUGGGACAGUUAUGUUUGUUUAUGUGAUGCCCAAGUCGAGCUAUUCAGCUAAUCAGGUCAAAGUGGCAUCUGUGAUAUACACAGUGGUGAUCCCCAUGUUGAACCCUCUCAUCUAUAGUCUGAGGAACAAGGAGGUGAAAGAGGCCAUGAGAAAAUUGAUGGUUAGAAAACACUGGUUUUCCUGA